ACUACAACUACUUACUGUACUGUCAACUGUUAAAAACAGUAGUAAAUUUUUUGUGUUUUUCAUGGUGGUAUUGCAGUAUGGUUACUCUUGUUUUUAUUGGAGGCGAACAGUAAAAGAGUGUUUACUAACCUAUCGCUAGUGAACAUACUUUGGCUGACUCGUCAGCCAGUUGAUCUCGGACCAAAACAAACUCAAAGGAGGAAAAAAAGCAUUUGAUUGAGGCGUCUGACUUCCACACUGCUGUUUUCCAAAUGUCGCGGCGAUUAAAUAAGAGGUGCGAGGAGGAGUAAUUUAUCAUGCGGCUUGGAGACGCAGCUGGGCUUGUAGUGGUAGCCGCUAGCUAGAAUGCUAAUGUUCCGUAGCUAACGGUAACGUUAUGCCAGAUGACCCAACAGCAGUAGUAGUAGUUGGGAAUAGAAGCUGCUGCUGCUGCUCCUAUUUUAUUUGCCUGAACUCUCACCCAGCAUUAUAAACGGUCCUGCCACCUAGUUAGUUUGGUAGUUAGGCACCACGAAAACAGAGAAAACUAAUUUUCAGCGUUGCCUUUUACUGCCUAAAUUAAAAACUGAAGUAUGGGGAUGUGCUUACCGUGCCUUGGUGGAGCAGCGGACGACGUUGUGGUCACUCCAGAUCCUGAGACCAGGAGACAACAGUUAGCUGAAGCCGCCGAAAAGAGACAAAAAGAGACGGCGUACAGGGGUGUUAAAAAUCCAGAAGCGGUCGAAAGGAAAAGGAAAAAACAGGAAGAAGCUGAGAAACAAGCGAUGAGCACCUCUGUGUCAGGUGGUGGUGGCGGGCUGAAGUGGCAGGUGGGCUGAAAAUCCUGAUGGUAAAGUCUGAACUCGGAUGUCUAAAUAUAUAACGUAUUGCUGCAAGAUGACUUGAAAGAUGUUGGAACUGCUGUCCGUUUUUACUUUUUCUUUUCUUUUUCUUUUUUUUUCUUUUCUUUGCUUGUUAUGUAUCUGUGUCAUGUUAUGAGUCUACAGCUGUCAGGUGCAAAACAGUUAAGUUAUUCCACACAAAACACAGCAGAAUUUGCCAAGUUAUACAAACCAGUUUGUACCUUUGGACGAGUCAGGGGUGACACAGUAAUGUGCAAGCAAACACAAUUAUGUGAGAUUUGUGUGAAGAUUGAUUAGAUACAGUGUUGCAGUACAGUGACUCCCAUUAGGUAACAUGGAAGAACAUCGCUAUAAUAUGCAGUUGUACAUUAAGACAGAGCUUCCCUCACUGUGUUUGGUUUUCCUAGUCAGAGUAUUCCACGUAUAUCCAUUAACAGUUGGAUAUACCUCUUUAGCAUGAACUCACUUUGUGAUGGGCUCUGUUAUUUGGCAACUGAAAGACUAGUGCAAACAGUGCAAACCUGACUAUCUUUACCCAACUCAUAAUGGGCUCCUUGCUCAUCACUGAGGCGAGUCAGUGACACAGACCACAUUGGGGUCAUUAUUUAUUUUGUGUGUUUGUAUUGGGGGAAAAAUGGGUGUUUUGUGCUGAGAAUGUAGGUGGACUCUAUGUGGCGCAUCUAAUGCGGUGAUUCCUUGGUAAGCACAAACUUUAUACUUGACAAAAACUGCAGCAGCUAAUAAAUACUGCUGAAUAAUGUAGAGCACAGGUGUCGAACUCAAGGCCGGUGUCCUGCAGGUUUAAGAUGUGUCCUUGAUCCAACACAGCUGAUUUAAAUGGCUAAAUGACCUCCUCAACAUGUCUUGAAGUUCUCCAGAGGCCUGGUAAUGAACUAAUCAUUUGAUUCAGGUGUGUUGACCCAGGGUGAGAUCUAAAACCUGCAGGACACCGGCCCUCGAGGCCUGGAGUUUGACACCCCUGAUGUAGAGCAACUGUAGAGCACUCUCCAGCCAGUAAGAAUGCCCUAGUUCUUCGCACUAGUCUUUGCCCUACUUUAAUAGAGCCCUUUUUUUAAUUACUUUGUUUAUCAUGCACAGUUUUUGAGUUUGUUGUAGUGUAUGCAAACACGGAUGGAAUGGCUGCUUAAUCUAAAUGAGAAAUGUUUGUGAAUUGCCAUACUACAACUGAAGCUUUUGUUACACACUUAUUUGCACACCAUCAGCCAAUAUGCUCACUUUUGUUCGAAGGUUCAAGUCCACUACAAUGGAAACGAGACUGAAGGAAUAUGAAGGAGAAAACAGAUGUUUUGAGAUAUUUUCUUUGACUUACUUGGCUGAGUGCGUUUCUUACAGCCUUCCUUAAAUGCUUCUGGUGCUCUUGUCAUUUUGUAGAAGAAAUCUAGCCAAUGUUAUUUGCUACAAUAAAUCACAUUUCUGCUA